AUGAUGGCAGGUCUCGCCGUGCUCGUAGCCCUAAGCGUCGUGCUCUUCGUCGGAACGAUCGUCGUGCUGCUCUUCUUCUGUCGUCGCAUCCAACUGCAGCGGGCGCGCGAGUCGCUCGUCUUUAUCCAGGAAACAGCUGACGUCUACCGCGAGGAGCUCAAUGACAGUUUCACAGAGCAAGCGUUGUGGCGAUGCGGCGUGUGCAAGUUCUUGAACCAUCCCGAGCGGAAACUGUGUGACUUGUGUCAGACCUUGCGUGGAGCAGAACGAGACGUGGCGAGUUACAAGAACCGCUCGAGACGCAGUCUGAGCGCGAGUUCCAUGCAGAAAAUGACACGCAUUGGCGAGAUGGAAGCGUUCUCCUCGGCACGAGCUGAUGACGCCAUUGGUGGGUCGAUUGGUCGCCCGAGUUUUGAGUUUCCAAGGAAACCGCGUUUGUCGAAAAGCAACAUGAGCAAACUGCAGCUGGCAGCGAGUCGACGGCAGCAGUGGAAGCGAAUGCCGACUACGGACGGCCUUCAUCGAUGGGUACGCCAACAAUCGGUGCGGCGAAGGUCGAGUGCUUUUGCACAACGGGAGUCCAUGGAAAUUGACCCGGGAGGGAGGCUGUCGCUGAAUCGGUAUUUAGAUUCGACGGAGAGAGACAGCAACUUAUCGGUGGGGUACAUUCGCGUGCGAGAUUCGUUAGGGAAGUUAGUAUUGAAUGAAAGCGACGUUGUGGCAACGGAUUUCCACUACCGGAUUAAAAUACUGGAUGGUACCGGCAGUUCCGAGCUCAUUAUGAAUCUCGAGGGAGUUCACAAUUUGCCAUUUCCGGAUAAGAUUCGCUGGUUCUCGACGGAAAUUCAUCGGUUGUGGCUCCCCUGGGAAUCUGGACACGCAGAGCUGGUAGUGCGGCGAGAUCAUUUGUUGCAGGACUCGUUCGAACUUGUGGGAGCGAUGAAGCCGUAUCAGUUGAGGCAAAGGUGGCGUGUGGUGUUUGAGGGAGAACCGGCGUUGGAUGCAGGUGGCGUUAUGCGUGAGUGGUACACGCUACUUUUCGCUGAGCUUUUUGAUCCGACGUUUGGUCUUUUCGUGAGCACAGUGGGAGAUGAGCGAAGUUAUUGGAUCAAUGCGAGCUCCGACUUGCUUCUUGGCGAGGAUGACCACUUGGCCUACUUUGAGUUUGCCGGACGGCUCGUGGGUAAAGCGAUUCUUGAGGAGCAUUUGAUGCCGGUGCAUCUUGCGCUGCCAUUCCUGAAACAUAUUUUGGGCGUGCCGAUUUCCUUUUCCGACUUGCAAUUUCUUGACGAUGAGAUCUAUAAUAGUGCGUUGAUGGUGAAAAAGAUCGAUGAUAUUGAACCAUUGUGUUUAGACUUUACCGCUACUCGCGUUGUGGAUGGCCGUGCGGACGUUGUGGAGCUCGUCGAUGGUGGCGCUAGCAUCGACGUGACUCGAGAGAAUCGCUCGCGUUACUUGGAUGCUCUCUUCAAGUAUCAUGUGCUAGAAAGCGUGAGCGGCCAACUGCUGUCUUUUCUUACGGCGCUGUACGAUGUAGUGCCUGAGGGAUUGCUCAAAGUAUUUGACUACCAAGAACUUGAAUUACUCAUGUGCGGAGUGCCAUCGAUCGACGUGGAGGAUUGGAAGAAACACACGGACUUCAAGUUCUAUUCGCACAACUUCCCCACGGAACUCGAGCUUAACAACAUUGAGUGGCUCUGGGAAGUAGUGGAGGACUUGAAAAACGAAGACCGCGUUCGUUUGUUGCAGUUCACGACAGGCACUGGUCGUGUUCCAGCGCAGGGGUUCAAGGGCUUGAUCAGUAGCGACGGUCGUGUGAGACGUUUUAAUGUUGCAUUUUCCGGCAGAGACCAGUCGUUUUUAUUCCCAAAGGCGCAUACGUGUUUCAACCGUCUGGAUCUACCAAUCUACAACUCGAAGGAAGUGCUGGCGGAGUAUAUCAACUUGAUUGUUCAGAUGGACAUCACCGGUUUCACAAUCGAGUGA